GUUAUGAUCAAAUUUGGAAUCGGUUCAACUCAUGUAACACAACGUUCCUCUUUAUCACCAAAACGUGACUGCAUAGGUUACAUACAGAAGAACUUAGUUUGUUGAACGUGUUUAGAAGUUAAUUAAAGGUCGAGGAUGAAUAUCGCGCUUUUUCUCGGAUGUUUGUUCUCCUUUGGUGUACGAGCUGCAGAACCUCUGGACUGCUACGUCUGCUCGGGACUUCGUUCAGUGUCUGACUGUCACAACGUCGACCUCUGCCCCAGCGGCCAGGUAUGCUACUCGGAGAGGACUGUAGCAGGCUCGGGUAUCUCGUACAGCAUGGGAUGCAGACCACCGCAGCAAUGUCCGUCCUCAAGCGUCGUCGGGAGAUCCGUGAGCAAGCGUGCCGUCUGCUCUGAGUGCUGUAACACAGACGCUUGCAACAAACGCAUCUGUGAGGCCCCCGCCACCACAACAGUGGCGACGACACCGUAUUCCGGAGUAUGCGAGGACGCCGCCGCCAAUUGUGCUGGUGUGAAAGAGUUCGUUUGUCCAGACCCGAUCUUGAACACGAAGUGUGCAAAGACUUGCGGGCUAUGUUUAGCAGCAGCAGCAUCGCCAUCGCCAACAUCAUUAUCAACAUCAUCACUACCAUUACUCGGCGUGUGUGUGGAUGAGGUGGUCAACUGUUCAAGUCCCAUCCUGCAGACCAUGAUAUGCCAGUCAAACGUGAAUGCCCGGAUGUACUGUCGGAAGUCGUGUAACAUGUGUGAUCAGCCCGCCAUCACGCCUAUCUACAGCAGCUGCGGGGACCUGGUCAGUGCCGACAACGUGUGCCCCAGUCUACAGGCGGAACUGUGCGUGUGCGCAGACCCGGAAUUGAGGAUGAUGUGCGCACAUUAUUGCGCAGGUGAAUGCGCACACAAACCGACUUUAACGUGUCAUGCAGUCAUGAGUUACUUGUAUUGAGGAUUAUAUCUAUGUGCAUCUAUGAAUAAAGUCAGUUGUGAGUUACCCACCAA